AGACGGCGCACGCACUGCGGGUCACUUGUCAGCGCUCGUCUGAGGCGGAGGCAGCGCCGUGCGAGACCCGAGUUUCUUUCAUUUUCUGGCAUUGGACUUUGGACCAUUAGAACCAUGAGCAACUACACUGUGUCCUUGGUUGGCCCAGCUCCUUGGGGUUUCCGGCUGCAAGGUGGCAAGGAUUUCAACAUGCCUCUGACAAUCUCUAGUCUAAAAGAUGGCGGAAAGGCAUCCCAGGCAAAUGUAAGAAUAGGCGACGUGGUUCUCAGCAUUGAUGGAAUAAGUGCGCAUGGAAUGACUCAUCUUGAAGCCCAGAACAAGAUUAAGGGUUGUACAGGCUCUUUGAAUAUGACUCUGCAAAGAGCAUCUGCUACACUCAAACCAGAGCCGAUUCCUGUUCAAAAGCCCACAGUCACCAGCGUGUGUUCCGAGACUGCUCAGGAGCUAGCAGAGGGACAGAGAAGAGGAUCCCAGGGUGACAGUAAACAGCAAAAUGGGAAAACCCCACCUAAACGCCCACCAAGGAAACACAUUAUGGAGCGCAAUACAGAGUUUUAUCACAUACCCACUCAUAGUGAUGCCAGCAAGAAGAGACUGAUUGAGGAUACUGAAGACUGGCGUCCAAGGACUGGAACAACUCAGUCUCGCUCUUUCCGAAUCCUCGCCCAGAUCACUGGGACUGAACAUCUGAAAGAGUCUGAAACUGAUACUACAAAGAAGGCGAAGUUUGACAGUUCUCUGGAAGACCUACCUAAGAGUGGACCUCACCCACCUGCAACUCCUCAGGUGUUAAAUAUUGGUAGCCAAGUAGCCACACUUUCUAAAGUAGCAACUACUUAUUCUAGUUUAAGCAGCUCCACAAGAAAUGUGGAAGGUUCUUUGGAAGGGUUUCCAAACUCUUCUACCUUUUCUUCUCCUGCUAGAUACAGUGCUGCAGUUCUGAGUAGUGCAGCUGCUACUGUGUCUGCUGUUAUUGCUGCAAGAACCAGGCUCUCCAGUCCUGAAAAAUAUCAGCCACUCCUGGAUGCGCUUUGCAUCAGUCCUAUUUCCAAGCCUUUAGCAUUUUCCUAUCUCCAGUCCUCCAGGAAAUCAACAGGCUCUGUCCAUAUUAAGAAAACAAGUAAUGCUGAGGAGCCUUCUCAGCAAUGGGCUUCAUCAGUAGCUUCAGCACGGAGCAUGCCGGAGAGCCUGGAAAGCCCAGGCUCCAGCAGACCAGGCGUGGCUGGCCUUACAACUGCGGCCGCCUUCAAGCCUCCAGGAUCCACGAGUGUUAUCAAGUCACCAAGCUGGCAACGGCCAAACCAAGCAGGUAUUCCAAAGAAAUCUCUUGCUUCUUACUUUUCUUAA